GUAUGGGACUGUGCCAGCUUUAACUGUAUAAAGCAUUGUUGCAGCACUGCAGUCUCACAUAGAUGAGAGAUAUAAGAACAAAAGAAGCACAUAUGAACAGUCAGCAGGUUUAGAAUUUGUUUUGGAGAAUGGUGGGUCAAAUCGUGUUGCCUGUGCUGCUUUUGGGGAUGAUAGGUACGGUGAUUUCUCAGACUUCAGGACCCCUCUACCCAAUUGCUGGAACAACAAGCCCUCGAUCAGACGAUGGAAGUUCUCCUCUAAUUCCCCUGCAACGACCUUUUGUGUAUUUCGGCCGGUCAUAUUCUCAGAUUUAUGUUAACCAAAAUGGAGACCUUACCUUUAACGGAGCAUUUUCUAGUUAUUCUCCUCAAAGGUUUCCAAUGUAUGGAACCAGAGACGUCAUCGCUGUAUUCUGGACAGAUUUAGAUAACAGAGUAAAUGGUGAGAUCUACUACAACCAAUACACCAGCGGCAGUGUCCUCCAACAAGCUACACAGGACAUUAAUAGGUAUUUCCCAGGGCUGAACUUCAAUGCCAACUGGGUCUUUGUUGCAACAUGGUAUGAGGUGGCCUACUAUCCAACCACUGGAACACGUACAACUAUCCAAGCAGUCUUGAUCUCUGGUGGCCAGUACUCAUUUGUGCUAAUGAACUAUGGGAUAAUAGCCUUAACAACUCACAAUGUUCAGGCUGGAUAUGACACAGAAAACUCUACUCAUCAUUUCACCAUUCCUGGAUCAUUCUCAAACAAUGCAACCGGCAGUUACUCAGCUUUCCGCCUGGGCAGCAAUGUCAACGUACCCGGUCGUUGGGCUUUCCGGAUAGACCUUGGAUCAAGAGGCUGCACUUUCAAUGGUCAACCUGUGCAGCGAGGUGACUCAUUCUGGAGUGACAGUACCUGUGCACAGAAGUGCACCUGUACCUCAGCUGGCCUGGAGUGUCACAGCGAACCCUGCUCCUUUUCCCAAAUCUGCCAGCCUACUGCCUUUCAGUUCUCCUGCCAGACGGUGCAGAGACGUGCCUGCACCAUAAGUGGUGAUCCACAUUACUAUACCUUCGAUAACACAGUGUUUCACUUCCAAGGCACCUGCACCUAUGUUCUCUCUGAGCAAUGUGGCCGUGGUUUGCCCUACUACAGAGUAGAGGGGAAGAACGAGCACCGUGGCAGCACUCGUGUUUCUUGGACACGACUGGUCAAAGUGUAUGUCAAUAAUGAAACAAUCGAGCUUGUCAAGGGACGACCUGGUGAGGCUAAGGUUAAUGGGAAGUUUGCAGCCACUCCGAUCUCCCUUAGCAACGGCACGGUCCUGGUUUAUGAGUCAGGUUUUUCUGUGAUCAUCAGUACUGACUUUGGCUUGGAGGUGUCUUAUGACACAUAUCACUAUGUCAGAAUCAGUGUGCCAUACACUUACCAGAAUGCAACAUGUGGCCUGUGUGGAAACUUCAAUAAUCACCCUGAGGAUGACUUUCGAACCCGCCAAGGCGAAGUUGUGAGCUCUGAUGUGGUUUUUGCCAACAGCUGGCAAACAUCAGGAGAUGAUGAGCCUGGUUGUGGGACGCGAUGUGGAGGUCUGAACUGUGCUGCCUGCACUGACGCUCAGACAGCUUUAUACAGCAACAUGGCCCAUUGUGGUAUCCUCCAGAGCAGUUCUGGACCUUUUGCUGCUUGCCAUGGACGACUUCCCCCACAGUCCUUUGUUGAGAGUUGUGUGUAUGAUCUGUGUGUAGGAGGAGGCUACCAACCCAUUCUGUGCCAAGCACUAAAUGUGUAUGCAAGUCAGUGUCAACAGAAUGGUAUACAGCUGCCCAGCUGGAGGAGACAAGGCUUCUGUGAAAUCCUCUGCCCAGCCAACAGCCACUUUGAGUCCCAAGGCACAGGAUGUCCAGCUACCUGUGUCAAUCCCAAUUCUACCUACAACUGCCCUCUCCCUACCCAGGAGAGCUGCAUCUGCAAUCCAGGCUAUGUCCUCAGUGCUGGGGUCUGCGUGGCUCAUUCUGAAUGUGGCUGCAGCUUUGAGGGUCGCUACUACCGCUCUGGAGGAAGUACAAUACUAGACGAGGACUGUGGGAGACGUUGUAGCUGCAGUUCUGGCUCCAUGACUUGCCACUCUCUUGGCUGUGGGCCACAAGAGUCUUGCAGGGUGGAGGAGGGAGAAAGAGGAUGCAGGCCUAACAGUUAUGCAACAUGUUGGAUAAGAGGCCCAGGGUCAUACCAUACAUUUGAUGGACUGACAUACCGGUAUCCUGGGGCAUGUAGAUUGACCCUUGCCAAAGUAAUGGGCUUGUCUAGUCACCCACGUUUUGUGGUGACAGCAGAAAAAGUGCCCAGAGGCCAGCAGGGUUUUGCCCGGUUGCUAAAGUUUGAGGCCGAGGGAACACAAAUCUCCAUUGAAAUGACAGGUAGCAGCAGUGUUCAGGUUGAUGGUCAGCAGAUAAGACUACCAUUCAGCUCAGCGUCCAACCGAAUACAAAUCUACCACAGCAGCGUUCAAAGUGUCAUAGUUCGCACCUCCUUUGGUGUAACGGUGCAGAUAGUCUGGCCUCACUUUGUGCGUGUCACUGCACCUGGUAUCUACAAUAAUUCACUGGGUGGACUCUGUGGUAAUUACAAUGGUCACCCACAAGAUGACUUCCGCACACCCAAUGGAGUCCUGGUCAACAGUUCUCAGGAUUUUGGGGACAGUUGGCGAGAUGGCUCUCUCGCUGCACACUGUGUGGAAAGUGUAAAUAAUAACUCUACAACAAAUUACAAUUCUAGUGAGUACUGUGGCAUUCUUGAUUCACCGCAUGGACCGUUUGCCCAGUGUUGGGCCAUGAUGGACCCUCGGCAGCAUGUGGAUGCAUGUGUGGAGAUCAUUAGAGCCUCUAGAGAUCCAGCAUCAGUGCUAUGUGAAGUCCUACGAGAUUAUGCACUAAUGUGUCAACAGAACGGCGUACACCUUGAACGCUGGAGGAAUGCAAUUGAAUGUGAGCCAAACUGUCCUCUAAACAGCCAUUAUGAAGUCUGUGGAACCACUUGUCCUUCCGCCUGCCCCAGCCUCUCUUUCCCUUUCGCCUGUGACACUGUGUGUCAGGAGGGGUGCCAGUGUAAUGAUGGUUUUGUCCUCAAUGGCAACCAGUGUGUAACACCAACAGCCUGUGGAUGCCAUCACCAAGGACGCUAUCGGCGCGGGGGCGAACAGUUCUGGGAUGGUGAGGAAUGUCAGAGCUUGUGUAUGUGCAAUGGCACUACUGGGGCGGUCCACUGCAUCCCCAACUCCUGUGGUCCCCAGGAGUCCUGCCGUGUGGUGGAGGGUGAGUUUGGCUGCCAUACAAACCCUCAUGGCACCUGCUCUGCAUCUGGUGACCCUCACUACCUCACCUUUGAUCACAAGGCCUAUGACUUCCAGGGAACCUGCCGCUAUGUGCUGGCGACCCUUUGUAAUGACACUGAUGGGCUCCAUGAGUUUUCAGUGGAGGCUAAGAACGAGCCGUGGAAUGGGUUGACUGUUUCAAUCACAGCUGAAGUUUUUGUGAACGUGUGGGGCUAUCGUGUGCAAAUGACGAGGGUGAGCCACGGUGUGGUACAGGUGAAUGGAGUAACUAAAAACUUACCUAUUCUCUUAAAUGGAAGUCGUGUUUCUAUCUAUGCAAGUGGAUCUCGCACAUAUCUCAGCACUGAUUUUGGCCUGAGUGUCAUGUACGAUGGACAGUACACAGUGUCUAUCUCUGUGCCUUCAAGUUACAGAGGAAAAACAUGUGGACUUUGUGGAAACUUCAAUGGCAAUCCAAAUGAUGAGUUCCACACCCCAUCUGGAAUGAUGGUCACCACUCCACAAGAGUUUGGGACAGCUUGGAAAGUGGCAGCCAACUACACCUGCAGUGAGGGCUGUGGCUCCUCUUGCCCACAAUGCACCAAUGAGCUACCUGCAAGAGCACAAUGUGAGGUGAUUCGGGCAGCUGACGGUCCCCUCAGCUUCUGCCAUGAGCAUGUGGACCCAGCGCCAUACUUCAAUGACUGUGUGUUUGAUGUUUGUGUGGCUGGAAAUCAAGGCCAAGAUCUUCAGUGUAGGGCCAUUCAAACAUAUGUCAGUGCCUGUCAGUCUGCUAAUGUUCGAAUCUACCCUUGGAGACAGAACAACUGCAGACUUGACUGUCCAGCCAACAGCCAUUAUGAGCUGUGUGGUACCGGCUGUGGCCACACCUGUGCCAGCAGCAUUGAUGCCACCUGUGAGCAGGUUUGCUCUGAAGGAUGUUUCUGUAAUGAGGGCUUCCUCAGGAGUGGGACAAGAUGUGUCCCUGUGGAAAGCUGUGGCUGUCAAUAUGACGGCUUCUACUAUAGUGUAAGCCUGGUGAUAUCUUCUGGACAGAGGGGUUGCUCCCAGCGAUGUAUGCCAUGCCCCCACAGACCUUCGCUGUUCUGUCUGCAGUCUGCAGCACUCCUGCACAAACUCGUCCAUCACUUGUGUCGUAGUUCAGGCACAUUGCCCGUGUCACGCCUGCAGCUGUUUGAACAGCUGGCUUCCACUGCCAACGUCCCUCCUCUCCAAGAUGACUUCUGCAAUGGACGCUCAGAGCGGACCUACUGCAUUGUGAGGAAGAAGCUUCCAGUAGGCCAUGGACAGUAUCAUAUGAGAAUGAUCCCCUACCAGGACGCUGGCUUCCGCUUCCCCCUGACCAGUAACAGGAACAUAGAAAUGGAAAUCGACCAGAGGUUGUAUGUGGAGGUGCGGACAGAAGGAGUCGACCAAAGGCAGAUCUCCACCGUUGUGGACUCUUGUUGGGCAACACCAGUCAACCUCGCCAGCUACCCUGUCCGCUGGGAUCUCAUAAAUGCAGAGUGUCCUAACCCAGCAGAUGGAACAGUAGAGAUGGUUCAGAACGGCAUCUCCACUGUGUCCCAAUUCUCCUUCAGGAUGUUCACCUUUACGAACUUUUCAUCCAUCUACCUGCACUGCCAGGUCCACCUUUGUCUUUUAAGACACAACAACUGCACAGCUCACUGCUACCCAGGUUACCUCAGGCGCGUUCAGAGGGACGUAUCCUACCAUGCCACUACAGACAUCUCAUUAGGACCACUAACCCUGAGGCCACAUAGGAGAGGAAGAAUGGUACAACCGAGCAGUGCUUCAGGCCAGUUGACCUCACUGAUGACCCUACUAGUCAGUUUGCUGACAGCCAAAACUCUGGUCUAGGCUGAUCAAAGGUGAUCUAUAUUGUAAAAUUACUCAACAUACUCAAAAUAGCUUUUGGAUUGUAUUUCUAUUUGUAUUUUGUAUUUGUAUGCAGGAGAAAAGUAGAAUUAGUUAUUGCUUUAAAACAGUAGGGGACGCCAAUGUGCAGCAUACUAAACUCACUUGCCCUUUGUUGUAUUCACUUUGCAAGGUGUUUAUCGAUGGUAUCCUUAGUUUCUUUGUGGUGGUUCUUUUCAUUAAAUAUCAUAUA